UAAUGUCAUUGCGUGUCUUUACGGUGUGCGUUGAUCGCGAUUGAUUCGCCUUCCUAAAUUGGUGUCGAGUGCCUGUAAACAAAGAAAUUAGGGGAACAGCCAACAGGUGAUGUGAGGGAAUUAUAACGCCGGCGGCUCCUCACGCUGCCUCAGCAAACAUUCAGAAUCUCAGCAGCCUUCGUAUCCUGUGAACGCAGCCCUGCAACCCACACCAGUUUGGACACGUUAUGGUGUGUGAGAUAGUGAGGUGAGGGCGCGAUGGGCGCGGUGCGGCGCUCGCACGUCGCCGCGCUGGGCGCGGUGGCGGCCCUGCUGCUGCUGCUGCUGGCGCGCCUGCCCCCCCCUCCCGCCGCCCCCGCGCCGCGCCCCGCGCCCGCCGCCACCUCCCCCGCGCCGCCCCCCACCACCAACCGCACCGCGCCCCCCCCGCCGCCGCCGGCGCCUCUCGCGCAGUCGCCGCCCCCGUCCCCCAAGCCGCCCCCGCCCCCGCCCCCGCCGCCCAAACCCCAGCCGGCCGGCCCCCACCCCGUCAUGACCAAGGAGGUGUACGCGGCCGGCCACGAGAAGCCGCAUCCUGAACUCUGUCCCGCCCUCGGCGCGAGACUCAAGCUCAUGAUUCUGGUGACGUCGGCUCCGUCGAACGCGUCGGCUCGCGACGCAGUCCGACUGACGUGGGGGCACUACACGGCGCGGGUGGACGUCUCGAUGGCCUUCGUGCUCGGCAUGCCGCCCGACUCCUUGAAGGCGGCGGUGGACGCCGAGGACGCCCUCUAUGGCGACAUCAUAGUCGGCCGAUUCGUGGAUUCUUACUCGAAUCUCACACUCAAAACUUUGUCGAUGCUCGAAUGGAUCGACACCUACUGUCCCCGAGUGCCGAAAAUCCUCAAAACGGACGACGACAUGUUCAUAAAUGUCCCGAGACUCCUGCAAUUCGCUUCAGCGCCGUCUCGAGUUAACGCUACCAAAACUAUCUGGGGAAAAGUGGUCAAGAAGUCACUGCCGAAGCGGACGACUCGGUCCAAGUACUACGUCUCGCCCGUGCAGUUUCCGGGGAAGGUGUUCCCGGAUUUCGCGACGGGGCCGGCCUACCUGAUCACCGCUGAUGCGAUAGGACCGCUCCUAGCCGCCGCAUCUUCGGAGCGGUACAUCCGUCUGGAAGACGUGUUCGUCACAGGCGUGCUAGCGAACAAGUUGGGUAUAAAACGGCAGCACGCCCCCGAGUUUUACAACAAGAAGGUGGCUGCCCACCCCUGCGCCGUGCAGAGAGGCGUAGCGAUACACAUGGUAAGGUAUCAUGAGCAAUUUGACCUCUGGCGGAAACUGUUAGAUGGGAAGACGAAAUGCGCCAGCUAGUGAUAGUUUGCCGAAUAUCUUUAUGGAACAAUAUUACUUUUAAUGCAGAUAGACUAUGCCAGGUUCCUUGUGCUAUGUCAGUUUUGUACAUGGCACUUCCCAGGCAGAGUAUGGACAGGGGUGAUACAAUCAGUAUGAGGAUGUCUACUACUACCUAUCACUGUUUAAACCUUUUAAUGUACUUGGAACAGCAAUAAGCUAUCUACUUGAUGAGAAGUAGGAAAUGUCGCCUAUAUACAUAAAGAUCGCUACAGACAUCACGUUAUCAUGUGAUACCACUGCGUUGCUAUUCUGGAGUGUCUUGAAGUCUAUAUACCCUGUAGUAACCUAAACUCACCCGUCAAUCGAAUACAGUUUAAGAAACAAGAUGCUUUGACACAGAAACGAUGGAUCUAACACAGAACUGUCAAAAUUCUGCCUCUGUCCUGCAGAUGUAUAGCGUACCCUGUGCACUAGCUAGUGCCAUAUACAAAGUUGAGACUAUAGAUUUAUUAGUCGCACUAUAUAGGUAUAAGCUAAGAUGUACUCAUUAAAAACACUCUGUGACACUUUGGCUCUCUGUUUCCUGCAUAUUAAGCUUA